UAUAUAGUCUUGCUUUAUAUAUACAUACAAAAAUAGGACAAUAGUGCUUAAGUCCUUUAUAUGUUAAUUGUUAGCGGAUCUCCCCUCAUAAUUGCUAGAUUGAAGAAAAAAGACUAGUAUGCGAAGCGUUAAAUAUGCAUUGGAUCGCAAUCCAAUAAUGAACUCACGACACUAUUUAGUAGUAAGGAGGUUGACCACUAUGGCAAGAUUAGCAGAUUUACCAAAGACUUCUUCGUUUACGGACAAGAUCAGUCCGGAUGCUAAAAUAGAUACUAAGGAAAUAGCUUAUGCCAAUGAAAAUAAUAUUACUCAUCAACCAAGAAUUCUAUCCAAAGGAGGAUUUUCAUGGACAUUACCUGAAGAAAGAAAAGAAUAUCGAUUUCUUACAGCCAAUACUAAUGCAUUACGUGAUUUAGGACUAGAUCCUUCUCAAAUUGAAGAUGAAGAGUUUCAACAAAUAGUUAGUGGACAAUUCUAUAACUUAAAUAAAGACAGCUUUGAAAAACGUGGUUAUCCUUUCCCAUAUGCUCAAACUUAUGCUGGUUGGCAAUUCGGACAAUUUGCGGGUCAAUUGGGGGAUGGAAGAGUAGUGAAUUUAUUUGAGAUUCCUAAAAUUAAUCCUGAUAAUAAGAAUCGUCCAUUCUAUGAGUUACAGUUGAAAGGUGCAGGUAAGACACCUUAUGCUAGAUUUGCGGAUGGGAAAGCUGUCACAAGAUCUUCUAUACGUGAAUAUAUCAUAUCUGAACAUUUAAAUUCAAUUGGAAUACCAACCACUCGAGCAUUAUCUUUAACUUUCUUACCAAAGACAUAUGCUCAAAGAAGCUGGGCUGAAAAGUGCUCAAUAUAUACUAGAUUUGCUGAAUCAUGGAUUCGACUUGGAACAUUUGAUUUACAUAGAUGGAGAGGAGAUAGAGAUGGAAUCAAACAGUUAUCAAAGUAUGUUAUUGAAGAAUUAUUCACUGUCAAUGGGAAUAGAUUUUCUUAUUUCAAUAAUAUUAUUCAGUUAAACCCAACUUUCUUUGAUGCAAGUAAGGAUGACUUGGGUGAAUUGACAGAUUAUGACAAGAUGUACUAUGAAAUUAUAGUUAGAAAUGCUGAAACUGCAGCUUUAUGGCAAACUUAUGGAUUCUUAAAUGGUGUCUUAAAUACUGAUAAUACAUCUGUUCUUGGAUUAUCUCUUGACUUUGGUCCCUUUUCGAUCAUGGAUAAGUACAAUCCAAAUUACACUUCUAAUUCUGAAGAUCAUGAAUUAAGAUACAGUUACUCUAAUACACCAACGGCAAUUUGGUGGAAUUUAACUAGGUUAGGUGAAGACUUAGCUGAAUUGAUUGGUGCUGGUGAAAAUUUGUUGAAAGAUUCCGACUUCUUGAAAGGUAAAUUAAAGGAAGAGUGGGAAGAUCCUAUCAUUAAACGAGCAACCACAAUUAUUGAAAUUGGAGGAGAAAUUUAUCAGUAUGCAUUUACUAAGAAAUAUGUGGAAAGCUUCUUGAAUCGUUUAGGAGUAUCAAAUACUUUGAUUGAUUAUUCUAAUAUUAAUACCAUCAAUGAAGGUUUAAUAACACCAUUACUUGAAUUAUUAUAUAAGGUUCAGUGUGAUUUCAACAAGUUUUUCGUAGUGUUACAAGAAGUAAGAGAAGGAGAUUUGACGAGUGAUAGAUUAUUAGAAAAACUUGAAACUAUUGAAUCGAGAUAUACAAAUGCAGAAUUAAAAGUAGAGAUAGAUAGUUGGUUAAAGAUAUACAACGACUUUUUGAGUAAGUCUACUGAUAUCAGUUCAACUUCAUCUCGAAAUUUCAAUCCUCUCUUCUUACCUAGAAACUGGAUCUUAGAUGAAGUUAUUAAAAGUAUAGAAGAAAGUGAAGCUGAGAAUUUGACUUUGCUACAGAAAUUGGAAAAGAUGAGUUUCAACCCGUUUGACAAGUCAAAAUGGGGAGAUGAAGAAAAGGAAAAAGAAAAACAAUGGGAGCUUCAAGGGGAUUAUAGUCCAGAGAAUAAUAUGCAACAAUGUAGUUGUUCCAGUUAGAUAUUUACAGUGUUAAUAGUAAGUAAAUCAAAUAUA